CUGGCCGCUACUAAGCCGUCGCCGCGUGGACUCCUGGGAGCGCCAACCAGUGCUCGAGUGCGCAGGCGCAGACGACUGAGCCUCGGCUGGGGUGAGGUUGGGAGUUCCACAGCGGGUGUGUGUGUACCAAAUGGAGGCGGCCGCCUGUACCCAACCUGCAGCGUUGUGGAUGCAUGCUGCUGCUCUGUGCAGUGUAGCGGCUAACUGUGUGUAAAACUGAAUGAGUCUCGUUGCUGCGUGGGGAUUCCUCUGCAUGUGUCUCUCUUCCGAAUAGGUGUGAGCCCUGUUUGAGGCAGCAGGACUCUUCCCUUUUCCAAAGAAGAGCACAAAAGAGAAGGCUCAUCUCCUGCAAACAUCAAAGCCAUGCCUCAGGAUGAACUGGAGUAUGCCCUUACAGGGAUCAGUUUCGUUCAAGGAUGUGACUGUGGACUUCACCCAGGAGGAGUGGCAGCAACUGGACCCUGCUCAGAAGGCCCUCUACAGAGAUGUCAUGUUGGAAAACUAUUGUCACCUCAUCUCUGUGGGAUUUCACAUAACUAAGCCUGAUAUGAUCCGCAAAUUGGAACAAGGAAAAGAACUAUGGACAACAGAGAAAAUUUUUCAAAGUCAGAGUUAUCUAGAAGAAGAUUGGAAAGCUGAAGAUGUUUUAGUGAAAUUCAAAGAAUACCAAGACAGGCAUUCUAGGUCAGUUAUAUCCAUCAACCACAAAAGACUAAUAAAAGAGAGAAGUAACAUUUGGGGGAAAACAUUUACUAUCGACAAGAACCGUAUUAUUUCAAAAACAACACUACGUGAAUAUAAACCUGAUGGAAAAGUUUUUAAAAAUAUUUCAGAAUUAGUCAUUAGAAAUAUAAGUCCUAUAAGAGAGAAGUUUGGUGAGAGUAAUGGAUGGGAGAAAUCACUCCUUAACACUAAACAUGAGAAAAUUCAUGCAGCAGUGAAUCUCUGUAAACAAACAGAAAGGAGUCUGAGUGGUAAACAAGAGCUUAUUCAACAUCAGAAGGUUCAAACUCCAGAGCAAUCUUUUGAACAUAAUGAAUGUGAAAAACCCUUCCUUAUGAAAGGAAUAUUAUUUACACAUACCAGAGCUCACAGAGGAGAAAAAUCCUGUGAAUACAAUAAAGAUGGCACAGCCUUCAUUGAAAAGUCAAAUCUCAAUGUCCACCAACAAAAUAUGGAGAAGAAACCCCACUCAUACAGCAAAUAUGGGAAAUUCCUCUGUAGGAAGUCCAUUUUUAUCAUGCAUCAGAGAUCUCAAACAGAAGAGAAACCCUUUCAUUGUCCUUACUGUGGGAAUAACUUUAGAAGGAAGUCAUACCUCAUUGAACAUCAACGAAUUCACACAGGUGAGAAACCUUAUGUUUGCAGUCAAUGUGGAAAAGCCUUCCGUCAAAAGACAGCCCUCACUCUUCAUGAGAAAACACACUUAGAGGGGAAACCCUACAUUUGUAUGGAUUGUGGGAAGUCCUUCCGCCAAAAGGCAACCCUUACUAGACAUCACAAAACACAUACCGGAGAGAAGGCCUAUGAAUGUACUCAGUGUGGAAGUGCUUUUAGAAAGAAGUCAUACCUCAUUGAUCAUCAGAGAACACACACAGGGGAGAAACCAUAUCAAUGUAAUGAAUGUGGGAAGGCAUUUAUCCAGAAGACAACCCUCACUGUACAUCAGAGGACUCACACAGGAGAGAAACCCUAUAUUUGCAAUGAAUGUGGGAAGUCCUUCUGCCAAAAGACAACUCUCACUCUCCAUCAAAGAAUUCACACAGGGGAGAAACCCUAUAUUUGUAAUGAAUGUGGGAAGUCCUUCCGCCAGAAGGCAAUCCUCACUGUUCAUCAGAGAAUACAUACAGGAGAGAAAUCAAAUGGAUGUCCUCAGUGUGGGAAAGCUUUUAGUAGGAAAUCUAACCUCAUUCGCCAUCAGAAAACUCACACAGGAGAGAAACCAUAUGAAUGUAAAGAAUGUGGGAAGUUCUUCAGUUGUAAGUCAAACCUCAUUGUCCAUCAGAAAACUCACAAGAUAGAAACUGUGCGAAUUCACUAAAACAUGUGACUUUUCUGGUGAAAAGUUUUUAAGACAUAAUAAACCCUGUACAUGAGGUUGCUUGCAAGUGUAAUAAUAUUAAACAGUUUAAGGUACUGUAGCAUAUUUACCUACUAUUUGCUAGUCCACAAAACACAUAAAAAGAAUUGUGAGAUAAAUUAAGUGAUAAAAGUCACUGAAAAUACAAGCUUAAAUUUUUUAUUACCUUUACCAGACAUAAAUUCUUCUGUCAAGUUGCUAAAAACAUUUUAAAUUGCUUAUUUAAAAUUUUAACAUAUAACAUUUUGUGACCCAGUAUUAAGCAGUAGGCUACCUGACCGUGGUCCAUGGACCACACUGUGAACAGAACUGCUUUAAAAGAAGGAGGUGUGACUGUAUUUCUCACUGCAAAUAUGGAAUAAAAGUUAUCCCUUCAGAGUUAACCACAGUUCUAACUCCUAACAUUAUAAAUUAGCCUUUGCAUAUUAUAAACCUUUAUAUAAAGUAUACAUUAUGUAUUCUUUCAUAUAUAACUUGUUUCAUCCAUCACUAUGUCUUUAAAACUCAUCAUUAGUGCAUGUUGGAGAAAUUUAUUUAUUUUCAUCCUGUAUAAAAUUUCAUUAUAUAAUUACAUUUCAGUUUAUCCAAUCUAAUGUUGAUGGACUUUUUUUUAUUGUUUACAGCUUAGGGUCAUAAUAAAUAAUGCUUCUUCAAAUAUAUUUAUAUUUAGGUGUACAUAUAUUCAUUUCUCUUGUGUAUAUACUUACACACAUAUACUUAGGAAUGAAAUUGCUGGGCCCUGGGGUGUGUGUACGCUGGUACUACCAAACAAUGCAUAACUUUGAUGUUAGGAGAUAAUUCACUCUGAAGGAAGACAGCUGUAUAUAUUAUCAAUAUGGUGAUGGUUCAAAUGUGAGAAUUCAUACUAGAGGGAAACUAUGAAUGUUGUGAAAACUGGGAAUUCAAAUAGAAUGUUUAUUCAAAGAUUUUUAGCAACAUCUCAAAUCCUAAAUACUAGAUACAGGUUAUAAAUCUGAGACUACCUUCGGCCAUAAGAAUGUCUAUUUGAAAUCAAAGUCAUGCUGUAGGAAGAGAGGAACCUAGUGUCUUCCUUGCUCAACCUGAGAGAACUCUAACUGGAUGAAACAUUAUCUUACUGGGUCAUAUGAAACUGAUGAAUAUGGAAAAGCUUAGAGCCACAGCUCAAAUCCUUACAUCAACAGAGAAUUCACAAUGGAUGUGAAUACUUCAAAUGAAAUGAUUGUAAGAAUAAUUAGUCAUAACUCACAUCUAUGCAGUAGCAAAGAAUUCAUACUAAAGAAAGAAAGAUUGACAAGGCAACAGAUGAGGCUUUCAACUCUUAACUCUGGGGAAAGCUGUUUCCAUGAAAGAAGUCCAACUGUACCAAGAUCAUGAUGCUAGAGAGUCAAUUGUUGUCAAUAGCCCUAGCUAAGCACCAAGUCAUUAUCCAGUAUUAUCUGCCAAAUAUGAUUGAGCAAUCUGGGGCAAGUCAGGUCUUUGAAUGACUAGGCACUGCUGCCAUCCAAUUGGAACCACAUAAGAGACCCUCUGCCCUCAAGCAGGAACUGAGCUGAGGCCUUCUCAAAUUUCUGACCCUCAAGAAUAAAUGGUUACAUUUUAAAAUUUGAUGGAUUAAAGUAAGCAGAAAAUAAUCUCUUAGUAUCUGUAUUGUAAAAAUAAAGGUAUGAAUAUUUGUAUUCCAGAGUCAAAGAGCAAAAAUGUGGUGACUACUAGGUGAUCUUGAUGUGAGCAAAAACUGGCCCUGAAAUACAGCUGAAGUUUGGGCUGUAUUUUUUGUUUACAACUACAUACCUAAAUAACAACUCAGUGAGGAGUUCAUAUACAUAUUUUUUAUUUUUCUCCUUCUGUGGUAGUAAGUUACACUUAUCAACUUGAUUACUUAUUCAAAUGCAUACUUCCCAAUUUUGCAAAAAAAAUUAAAAUAGCCCCAAAAUACCAGCUGUGGACAAUGCAGAAGGAAGUUAAAUCUUUUGAAAGAUCCUCUGCAGAGUCAUUUCAUGAACUAAGGUUCAGACAGAAAUCAAGAUAUAGAAUCCAAUGUACAUUAAGUACAGCCAUGUCCUUGUAGGUGGUAACCUGGAAUGCCUUGAAGAAAGUCUAAAUGAAGUUUUGCUUUCAAACAACUAUUCACAUAUAAACUACUUCUCAGGAAAAUUAGGUCCAGUGGUUUUUAUUUUGGUGUGAACCGGAAUUGGGCUAUCUUUCAGUCUCCUGUGUGAAGAUUUCUUUUGAAGAAGUUGAAAAUGUUCUUUUUCAUUGAUUUUUAUGGGUCCUUAUUUUAUGAAUUGAUUAAUAUAUGAAAUAAGGACUUUUCUUUUUUUUUUGUUUUUAAAUGAGGACAUUUCAUCUAACUUUGGUCAGUGAAGUUUGUGUAGCUCUGAGGAGUAGACAUGGUUCUGGAAUUCUAGUCCACUUAUUCCUAAAUAUAUAUGACAGGAUAGGAAUUAAUUUGCAAAUUCAUUCUUUGCAGACCUAACUGUAAGGUCCUAGGACACAAGAGAAUUAACAUGUACAAAGAUUUCAUCAGUUCAAAAGGACUAACAAAACUCCACAGAGUAUAUACAUUUAAUGUUGUUGAGUCACUAAAUUGUGACCAACUCUUGUGACCCCAUGGAGUGUAGCCCACCAGGAUCCUCUGUCCAUGGGAUUUCCCAGGCAAGAAUACUGGAGUGGGUUGCCAUUUCCUUUUCCAGGGGAUCUUCUGACCCAGGAAUCAAACCCACAUCUCCUGCCAUGGCAGGCAGAUUCUUUACCACUGAGCCACCAGGGAAGCCCAUAUAAUAUUUAAUGCUUUCAUUUAAAAGCAAAAGAUGUAGCUUACCAAGAGAAAAGGUAGGUAGGCAUUUGGUUGGGGGGAGUCUGAGAAUCAUUCAGGUGCAAGUUCCACAGUGUCCUUAUUCACAUAGAGACUGCACUCUACCUCCAGAUAGAACCACUAAGAUCUAUGUGAAUCUUGGGAGAGCUCAAGGCCGAAGUUCCCCAGAAGGACUUUUAUGCCCCUUUGUUCACUGGUCACAUAGUCAAAGUGGGCUCUCGAAUCAUUUAUAUGAGUAAACAAAUUGACUCCGGGGGUCUUCAGGGAAAAUUUCAAUUUCAAACAGCAUCUUAUGUAUCCCUCUGCCCUAUGUCAAUCAAACUCAAUGCCAAACAUUCAGGAAUCAUGGAGAUAAUAGAGCUUUUCCAGUCCAGUUCAGUUCAGUUCAGUCACUCAGUCGUGUCUGACUUUGUGACCCCAUGAACUGCAGCACACAAGGCUUCCCUGUCCAUCACCAACUCCCGGAGCUUACUCAAAUUCAUGUCUAUCGAGUCAGUGAUGGCAAUUAUAAAUAAAAUUUCCAGUCCAACUAUAAAUCAAAUCCAUCCUACAAACAUGGUUCCUACAUCUCCUAUGUAUUUUCUGAUAAUCUGUGUAAACAAGCAUGUUGCCUCACUUCUUAUGUCCCCAGUAUCUGCAUAGUGCAUCUCAAACCUGAAACAUUCUUGCCAGGUAGUGCUUGAAUAUCUCCACUUAAUUUGUGGUCCAGCAAUAGAAUCAGACUUAUCACCCCCUGCUUUAUAAGUAAUAUGCAACAGUUAAAACACAGAUAUAAACACUGGUCUCUAAUAUUCAUCUGGGAUGUUGUACCAUUUGAGAUAUUCAUCAGUUUAUAAUCUGGGACUUUUCAAAAUCAUAGAUGUGUGACAAUAUCACGUACUGAUGAGGGUGUGGAACAACUAGAACUCUGAUACACUGCUAAUGGGAAUGCAAAGUAGUAAAACCACUCUGGAAAACAAUUUUGUGGGUUCUUUAAAAAGUUAAACAUGUACUUUCCAUGUGACCCAGUGAUCCCACUUACAUUUAGCAUAGAGAAAUAAAACCACAUGUUCACACAAAAGCCUAUUCAUGCAUGUCUAUAGUAUUUUUAUAAUCACUAAAAACUGGAACAACCCAAAUGUUCCUCGUGGAUAAAUGGACACACCAUGGUAUAUCCACUCAAUAAAAUAACUACUCAACAACAACAACAAAAAAAUGGACUACUGACACAUGCAACAUUAUGGAUGAAACCAGCCUCAAAAAGUUACAUACUGUAUGGUUCCAUUUAUACAUUGUGGAAAAUGUAAAAAUAUAAAUAUCCAGAAUAUAUCAGUGGUUGCCAGGGAUUAGGGGUGUCUGAAUAGAAAGGGGAUGCGUGAUUGUUUUGCAUACUAUUUGUGGUAAUAAAUAUAAAAAUACACAUGUGAAAAAUCAGAAGUGUGUACAUAUCAAAAAUAGAGAAUUGUAGUAGUAACAUCUGUAAGAUUGUGGAAUAGCACUUGUCUCAUAGAAAUUUGAACAAUUUGAACAACCAUCCCCAUGAAAUUACAACACUUGGGUAGAGCACAGAAAUGAAAGAUAGAUUGAAGAGGAUAAGGACAAUUUCACACUACCUGGGUUACUUAUUCCUCAAGCCUGUGCAGUGAAGCAUGAAGCAAUGUACCCUCUGCAUGGAGGGAAGGAAAGUGAAGUGAGAACCCAUCCUUGUCACAGACCCCAGCACCAGCCUUCCCCAGUGAAUCCCCAGGUAAACCAAUAUGAUUCAGAAUCCAGGCCUGCCCCUGUGAACCCAAACACGAGGCUCCAGGCUGCCCAACCCAGCACCAUACUGGCCCUACAGACCCAGAUACCAGUCUGGCACCCAUGGACCUAGGCUCCAGGCCUGCCCCAAUAAAUAGAUCCAUCAAUGUUUAUAAAACUCCCUAAU